UGCAUUUGGGAAGGAAUGUCUCGUGCACCUUCCUUCGUAAGCUGUUCAUCACAUAGAUAUGAAAGUGAAAAGCCGACCACUCAAUCUACUUCUUCACAUGCCAACAGCAGAAAUGGCACAGUUGCACAAACCCUAGAGUCUACAACAGAAGAAACCAAUGAUGCUUUGGAGAAUACCACUGCUACUGUCCCUUGUGGAUUAUGCAGUGGUAGAUCAGUUUUCUAUUGGCACCCACUAAACCUUGCACUAUGUAAGGUUUGCGAUAAGAAUAAUUUAUUAAAGUGUAAAAACAAAGGUAUCGUUCUUUCUACUGUAGAAAGAUAUAACAUUGACGAUAUUGUUUGUCAAAACUGUCUGGAUGAAGUGGGCUCAGUUAUUUGUCGUGAAUGCCACUGGGCGCCAUAUUGUAAUUCUUGUGACCCUAUCGUCCACAAAGCUCGUUCAAAAUCUUCACACUCACGAAAAGCUCUAAGCUCAUUGCUAACAGUUGAAGGGAAAUGGCCGAAAGCCUUGUUACCAAAGUGGAUAGAAGAGAACUCUCCAUUAGAAUGUAGCAAAACUGCUUCAGAGCUGAGCACAACUUCGUCUAUUUCUGUAACAAAUGUCAAUAAUUGCGGCCAACAAGAGAAGCUAGUAUCGACAGAAAAUUCUGAAACGAUUGCAAACAGUGUCAGAAAGGAAAGUUCCAAAAAAGAGACUCAUUCUAACUUUUCAGACUAUAAAGUUUUGCAGAGUCCUAAAACGAAGACAACAGGCAGAAUAAGACAGUUAAUUGGUGUGGUUGAAGAUUCUGUGGACGUUAGUGUUGUGGAGAAGAUCCUUGUCAAUAAAUCAACAGUGAAAGAACUGUGCAACACUUUCUCUGAUUGUUCAACAAGCGACAUUGGAGAUUUCAUAGACUUCUCGCUACUGAAGAAAACUUUAGUAUCAACUCUGGGAGUAUUUGGCUCACGUCGUGGAAUAGUUGAAUUUUUGUACAGUUGCUCCAUUCUUUCUUCUACUGACUAUCAAAGUUUCUUGAAUGGAGAAGAAAUGUGGCUUUCAAAAGGUAUCUACGUCGUCAUCAGAAAACAAAGUCCGUUAGUUCUCUUUGUCUGGCUUCCCUACACUUCUUUUUUAUCUCCUUCUAUGAAAGACAUCAGCUGUAACUUCAUUCGAUAUUUGCAAGAACUAUGUAGUCAGAUUAUAUGUGUGAAUAGUAAGGAAGAGUGGGAAACCUUCGCAAGCACUCAAUUGAGAGAUGAAACAGACGAAAUCGAAAGAGAAAUUUAUGGUUCUGUCGAGUUACAAUCUGAGAAGCAUGAAAAGCUCCGGUUUGGUUCUUCACAUUCUGUUUGUCUUCCUGAUGACUGUGACUCAAAUCGAUGUUUUAUGAGUAGUGGUAUUUUUCGUCAUGCCUUGUUAGUGGAGCACGAGACUUGUGUCGAGAAAGAGAUUGUUAGUCGAACUGAGCGAUUUACUCUACCUAAAUUCCAUGGAUUUAUAUCCGACAAACUGAAGUCAAGAAAAGUAAUCUUCAAUCUUUCUAAUGAAGAGUUUCUUACUUUAUUAAAAUACGGCCAUGAGUCAAGUUAUGCACGAUAUCAAACUCUUUGCCAAACUUUGAAUGAGUGUCAGAAAGAGCUGCAGAAGGAGCUUUCCAAGGUACCAAGUAAGAUUACUGAAGAGCGUGAUAUGUGGGUCGAGAGAGCGAAGAAUGCCAUGGUUCUCUUCUUAAACGAAAAUUUUCCAAUCGAAGAGCGAUUAGUACGCACAAAUGCUACUGAUGAGAAUGCCUAUUGUGUUAUGUGCAACAUUUGUGUUUCAGUUCAUAAUGGAAGAAUGUUGUCAUGUUCGAAAGGAUGGCAUGUUUUUUGUUUAGACGAUUUUCAGACUUUAGAAAUCAAAGAAGAUAUAUCAGCCUCCUUUAUCAUAUGCAGCUAUUGUGGUGAAGAACAUCGACUGCCCAGUAAUAACUUUCUCAACGAUGACAGGUUCUUACUUGGUGUUAACUUGAAACAUAUGCAGACGUCACCACAAGAAAAGGAAGAAAUGAGUGAGAGUAAUCAGGCAGAGUUGAAACUUGUCAAUGAUUAUAUCUCUUUGGAAGAGUUUUCACCGAAAUUGGUUGUUCAAGAUCUUCGUGAACGUUACUGCCUAGGAAGAGUCUUUAUUCUAAAGAGAUGGGGUCCAGCAGUGUAUAUUUCUCGGGGAAAUUUUGGAGAGCAGAAAAAGUUGAUUAUCCGUGUGAUGACGACAAAAACUUUGAAAGAAUGGUAUUCACUGCAUUCUAAUCCCGAAGAAUUAAAAACUUUGGUCGGUGAAGCUUUGCGAAAAUUUGAGUGUAGUCUUGCGCAAGGGAAGCCUUUCUCAAAUGAUGGAGAUGUUCAGGAAAUUGUGAAGAAGACUUACGGCAGAGAAAGACACAAUUGCAUUUUAAAGGUUCAAAGAGCAAUUUUGGCAGCAAUACCAAGCUAUGAAAGUUUGGUAUCCCAACGUUCAGAAGAGCUACGUGCCAAGUAUCGAGAAAGAUAUCGGACUCAGACAGGAAGCUUUCUAGAUGAUCGCAAGUAUGAAAUGACUAAAGAUUCUUGUGGUGACAUGAAAUUAAUUAUAAAAGGCUGUGCAUUUAUAGAAGCUGCUCAUGGCAUAGAAUCGCAUGCAGAAGAUUCUUCUGAAAAACGAUUAUCCUUGACAAGUUAUCACAAUUCCUCAUUUUCUUUAGAUUCCACAAAUAACUCUUUUGAAAUGAGUCGACCUUUUUCUAUGCCUAAUGGAGAAAUAGUUUUGACUUAUGAAGAAGAAUGCAUCUCAAGACCAAAGACGGUUAUUGAUGUUAUAGAAAUCCAGGUCCUAAACAAAGACCUCCAGAGAGCAGAGGCUGAUCAAAAAGCUCCUUUAAAACCUUGUUUCUCACCCCAUCGAGGACAUUUGUUGAUCGACUCUAAAGCUCAGGAACUGAAACACUUUACAAUUGUUUCAGGAAAUGUAUUCAUCAGCCUCAUCUUUGAUAAAGGUGAUGGGUAUACCCGACUUUUUGUCGAUAGAAACAAAUCUUUGUUGGGCAAAAAUCGACUGAAGACUUUUAAAAGCCGUAUUGAUUUGUUUGCUUUGGAUGAAUUUAGUCGUUUUGUUGCUCUAUAUGAUUCAGAACGUGCCAGAGUAGAUAUUUAUCGCUUUGAUGAGUCUUGGCAGCGGUUAGAAAAGACCAGCACAGAAAUUCAUUUAGAUCAGGUCUUUCAUGACGUUUCUGUAUGCCACAUGUUCUUUUUAACUUCAAAGUCUUAUCUCAUUUUCAUCGAUGAAGAAGGAAAGAUGCGUUCUUACGAAUUUUCAACCAAAAUGUUUAGGCCACGAACCAUAAAUACGAAGAAUGUUGAAGGCGUUCUUUCUGCACCGGAUGGCUCAUGUUUCAUGCUACUAAAGAAGCGUUCUUUUGAUUUGAAUUCUUCGUUCUCGUCUACUUCUAGUUCAGUCGUUUCCUCAAGGAAUAUUGAAGACGAGACAGCGUCCAUUUACUCACCAGACAAGGAAAACGACAGUGAUUGGAUGAACGGUUGCGAUAACAUAAGCUUCUUAGAAGCUGAAAUAUAUAUCGGUGGAGGCAUGCAAUAUUUUGGUUUGGUGAAACUUCCGAAGGAUUUUUCAGAAGAAAACAUUGACUCUCUCAGGUUUAGCUUUCUAUCUUCACAGUUGAUAUUGUAUUAUUUGGAUAGGAAUAACAAUUGUUUGAAAACUUCUCAGGUACAUCUUUCAAUGGACAACAGCCUUGCCGAAAUUGUGACCAACAUGAACAACUUAAGCAGCUCGGAAAGGCGUCUUAUUUCAUUCGAAGUUUCAGUUAUCUCCUACUUGGAAUAUAUAUUUUUAUCUAUGGACAAAUUCUGUAUUUCACCAGUACUUGAAAACGUUGAACAGAAAAAGGUUGACAUUUUAGUUUUGCUCAACUCCACGUGGUUCGAAUAUCAAAGCUUAGAGAAUCUGACGCAGAAAUUUCAUGCUUAUGUUGAAACCAAAAUGGAAAAAUUUGUUGAGCAAACUCGAAAAGUCAAAGAUGUCAAGGAAAUUCCCAUCCGUAUUCGUACAUAUUCAUACUCUGAGUUGCCCCACCUGUUUAACUCGAUAACAAAUAAUUUUACUUCCAUGUUAAGUAAGUGGGUCCAAGAUGUUAUUUGUCUGGUUCCUAUUCAGAUAGCAAGAGCUGAAGCAAACAGUUUUCGUCCUUUAAUAGAUGGACUUCGAGGAGAUUUUGAAAUUGAAAGACAAGAAAUUCUCCAUUUUGCGAACUCCAUCAAUUUUGGAAUGUAUGAUUGCAUUUUAUAUUCUUGGCAAGGUCCUACAAAAGUACUUAGCUCUAUGGGUAAACAGAGCACAGGAAAGAGCUAUAUGUUGAAUCAUUUAACUGGAUCUUUAUUUGAUAUUGCUGGUGGACGUUGCACUGACGGAGUUUGGAUGACUAUGCGCAUCGCAGAAGAUUGCUUAUACGUAAUUUUAGACUUUGAAGGUUUGGGUUCGUUUGAAAGGAGUGAACAAGAAGACAUGUUGCUUUCUGUGUUUCAAGCCGCUAUCAGCAACCUUACUUUAUACAAAACUGAUUUGCGUUUUGAUAGAGAUACUCAAGCUACAUUUUCACGCUUUCAAAGUGGUGUGUCUCUCAUUCGUGGUGAUCCCAGUCUCUUUCGAGGAAGGUUUUAUAUCGUGAUGAAAGAUGUCGAGUCUCGUGACGUAAAUGACUUGCAACGAGAGUUUUUGUCAAAGUUGAGAAUUGUUUGCCGAAAUAACGGUGACGAUAAUUUCCUAACAAAGAUGUAUCAAGGACAGUUUGCAAUGGCAGCAUUCCCUACGUUAGGAACCAGAAAAUAUUAUGAGCAACUCAAUAAGAUAUAUGAAGCGUUGAAAAAGCAGCCUUCUUCUUUUCAAAGCGGCAAAAUGUUUCGUCGACAUUUGCAGUUGCUUAUGUCAAAGCUUUGUACUAAGGACUGGACACCAUUGAAUCGGGAUCAGGCACUUAUUCGUAUAUCAGAAUUACGAAACUGCCAGUCUAAUGUUUUGAAUUGGGGAAAAAUGAAUGACAAUAGCGGCAUUCAUGAACUUGAAAGCCUAUCGAAUUUGGAUACUGGAUAUCUUAUUGCUGAUGAAAAUUUACUCGUUGAUGGAAAAGAAAUUUCUUCUCUUAAAUUACCUGAUGAAGAGUUACAGUUGGACAGUGAUUGCAAGAGUUUUGUGGAAUUGUGCCUUCCCCUUGUAAACAUAUUCGAAAAAUGCUUUCACAACAGAUACCCGGUGCGAAACAAACUGUGGCGGAAAGUUCUUCAAGAAUUUCUUUGUAAAGUUGUUGAGAGAAGAAUACAUCGAAUAGACGUUUGGUUGAACAGUAAUUUAGAGGGUUACAACAUGAACGAUGGUGACGUUAUGCUGUUGCGUCACGAAUAUUAUGAUUCGUAUGCAAAGUUACGACGACAGUGGAAUCUCUGCAGUUUUCGAUGUUCAAGAUGCUAUCUGGAUUGUUUAAAUAGUCGAAACCAUUUGGGUGAGCACAACUGUCUCACUUCCCAUCGUUGCGAAUCAUAUUGCGACUUUUGUAAACAGAGUAAAAUGGAGACACAAUUAUGUGGCGAUGUAGCUGGACAUGGAGGAUAUCAUGAUUGCAAAAUCAAAAACCAUACUUGUGGAGUCGAAUGUAGUUUAAGUCAUUUAGAAGGAUGUAAUUUUUCAUGUUCAUUACCUUUCGGUCAUUCAUGUCCUCAUCGAUGUAAUGCAGAAUAUCACUUAUGUGGCUUUCCUUGCGACUUGCAUUCUUGUACUAAUCGUUGUGUGCAUCCGUUUGAGUCAGAACAUUCUCGACAUGAGUGUCACGAGUCUUGGUGUCCUUAUACUUGUUGCAUUCCUGGUUGUAAUAAACCUUGUGCAGAAACUGAAAAUCAUUUUCAUGACUCGUUUGCCAACUUUGUGGAGCAUUUCUGUGGUGCAGAACAUCCUUGCAGUGGUACAUGCAGUCGAAACGGCAUCUGUCAAAUUGUUUCCGAAUUACGUCCGAAUCGAAGAAUAUUUCGUGGCGCUUUGGAUGAAUUUGAAUAUGUGUUUGUAACGGAACAAAAUGGUUUGAAGAAGAAAUGUGGACGCUUUAUUCCUCCUUUCAGAAAGACCCACGAAGGGCAUUGUGAUUGUGGUAGCGAAAGUGAGCACUUUUGUGAUAUUCGUUGUCCAAGCUGUGGAUAUUUUUGUAUUCGCUCUUUUGGACACCCUGAAGAGUUGCAUCAUACUAUCCAUGGAAAUAUGAGAGCAUGUCAUUUUGUUUCAGACGAAUUAACUGAAGCAGUGGAAGUUGGUUCCAGACGGUAUAAACGCGGUGAAAGUGGUGAAGCUGAAAUGUGCAAUAUGUACUGCAAAGCUUUGGGACGCGGUCAUAUUCAUCUGAUGUAUUGUAACGCCUUAGAUGCAUUCAAAUGUACGAAUAGUCAAAAGGAAGGAAUCAGACAUCAGACAGUUGCCUAUGGACCGGAUUUCAAUGUGCCUAAGGAUGAGCUUACCCACGAAUGCUAUUGGAGAACUAUUGGCUUUGUAGAUCCUGCAACCAGUGAAGAAAGAGAGAUAUUUGCUCUUUGUCCAGUGAAAUGUGGCCACCUUAGCCAUCAAACAGAAUUAGAGUCACCAGUCCGCUCUGAUAUCGUAUCGAGUAGAGAAUCGUCCUAUUGCAAUCUUCCUCUUUGGCACAUGCCUUUAGAUCCCAAAGGCCCUGUACCUAACAAUCAAGGCUAUAUUAGCAGUAAUGGUCAUUACUUUCAUUGCAGUCAUUCUUCUUCGUAUCGAACAAUUUUCCUGCUGGACAGAGGAGCUUCCAUGGCAACCAAGGACUGCUCUCCAACUCUCCCAAUAAUAAGAAGCUUAAGAGUCACACAUAGAAACCGUCUAGGAUGUGCCGUUGAAGCUAUAUUCCGCUUUAUUAUGAAACGUUUAGGAAAUGGUGCUGUAGAAGACAGAGUGGAUGUGAUAGCUUUCAAGGAAAGGGCAAAUAUAUGUGUAUAUGAAGAGCCGUUAUCUGAAAGAUUAAUUAUGAAAAUGGUAAGAAUGGCUCCUUCCGGAGUUGCCAUGUUGGAAUCGGGACUCGAGGCUGCAUUUUCUAUGAUUCAAGAACAAAGAACUCCCAAACUCAUUCCUAUGUUGCUUCUUGUCACUGAUGGAAAUGUGGAAGUAUCACCCAUAGCCUUUCGUAUUUUAGAGAAUAUGCUAUCUAUGGACAAAAGAAUAACAUUUCACGUCGUGAAAUUUGGGAAUGGAAAGAUCUCUUAUGAUUUGCAACAGCUAUGUGAAAGAGGACACGGUCAGCUAUUAUCUUCACUGGACGAAGUUGCUCUCAUGGAACAGUUGGAUUCUGUGACAGAGAAGAUGCAGUAUCAAGAAGGAGGGCUUGUUUUCGACUCCUUGACUUUGGAUUGAGCCAUUUUCGUGGUUGUUGCUUUGUUAAUUUUAUCCACUAUUAUGGAUUGGGGUUAAUAAAAUUCUAUUUUGGGAA